AUGGAUUAAAGAGUUCUUAAAAAUUAGAAAAGAAAGAAAUUAUUGUUGCAAGUUCAGCUUAAGAAAAAAUCAAAUACAAUUACUAAACUUACUUUGUCUUGGAUGAAUUUUGGUGUUGAGUAAAAAAAAGAAUUCUAUUAGGUGGAGAGCUAAAGUUGA